AGGAACUGCGCCACCCAACAACAAACUGGGAAAGAGAGAGAGAGAGGGAGAGAGAGAGGGACCCAUUCACCUCUUAUCUGACCGACCGGCAUUGUGACCUGACCUGGUAGAGCCUUGGGUCCACGAGAUAAUGCGGGAGAAGGUCACACAGCAGCACGUGCGGGGCUAGAACAGGGUAUUUUACAGGUUGCGAGUGAGAGAGGCAGGUAGCAGAGGCUGGCCAAGAUGAGUAACAUCAAGAUGAACCAGUUUGUGGCGGGGCUCAAGUCCCGCCAGGAGGAAACAAGGGUGAAGGCAGCGUGUGACCUGCAGCGCUAUGUUACCACUGAGCUGAGGGAGGUGUCUGUGGAUGCCUUGGUGGCCUUUCUGGAUGCCUUCAACCAGCACAUCUUUGAAAUGGUCACCUCCAAUGACAUUAAUGAGAAGAAGGGAGGAAUUUAUGCCAUCAUGAGUCUCGUGGAUGUGGACAUUGGACAGACUGGACAUCGCAUCAGUCGCUUUGGGAACUACUUGAAAAACCUCACUAACAGUCCUGACACUGGGGUGGUGGAGCUGACAGCCAAGGCUGUGGGGCGCCUGGCACUUACAUCAGGCACCUUCAUGACGGAAUAUGUGGAUGACUUAGUGAAGAGGUCCUUUGAGUGGCUGGAGGACCGCAAUGAGGGGCGCAGACUGGCCGCGGCGCUGCUGCUACGUGAACUGGCCCUGUCUGUGCCCACCUACUUCUUCCAGCAGGUUCAGCAGUUCCUGGAUGUGAUCUUCCAUGCUGUGCGGGACCCCAAGCCGGCCAUCAGGGAGCAUGCAGUGGCCGCCCUGCGUGUUGCCCUGGCCAUCACCACCCAACGCGAGACCAAGGAGAUGCAACAGACCAUGUGGUACAAGCAGUGUCUGACAGAGGUGUGGGCAGGCUUUGAGGACCAGGGGCAUGGCAGCAAGGAGCGCAGCCUGACACGGGAGGACCGAGUGCACGGCUCCCUUUUGGUGCUCAAUGAACUCCUUCGCUGCAGCAACAAUGAGUGGGAGCGCCUCACCCAGCAGCUGCAGCACCUCACCCACUACCAAGCUCCCCCACCCAAGAAGGAGGGAGUGUCUGGAGUGGUGAAGCGUCUCCGAGGACAAGGCUCCCUCACUGUAUCCUCUCAUCUGACCUCUCAUGAUCUCCUCUCCAGCCUACCCUCCCAUGCCAACACAAGCAUAGGGGGUACAGAGACCACCAUUCUUGACCAGCCUUGUGAGAGCCGAACCUGCCGAGAACUUAUCCUGGAGCAGUAUGACGUUAUUAGCACACAGGUGUUGAGUCAGAGGAGCAGCCGCAACACUCUUAUCCAAACAGCCCUGCUAAAGAUCCUCCCAAGACUUGCUGCCCUCAAUAAGGAAAAUUUCUCUCAGACCUAUCUGUCGGCCACCAUGGGGUACCUCCUGACCUGCCUCAGGGGAAGGGAGAGGGAGAGGCCUGCUGCUUUCAUCUCCCUGGGUCUCCUGGCUGUUGCUGUCGGGCCGGCCAUCAAGAAAUAUCUACCCAAGAUUAUGGACGUCAUCAAGGCUUCUUUACCCACCAAGGACACACCAAGCAAGAAGCGGUCAGUGGAGCCAGCAGUGUAUGUGUGUGUGAGUCUGGUUGCCCGGGGUGUGGAGGGGGCCCUACGAGCUGAUGUGAAGGAGCUGCUCGAACCCAUGAUGGCAAGUGGCCUCUCUCCACCCCUCACUGUGGCCCUGCAGGAAUUGGCCACUGAGAUACCACCGCUGAAGAGGGACAUCGCGGAAGGUCUGCUGAGGAUGCUGUCACAGAUCCUCAUGCAGAGAACCGUGCCAAAUCGAUCUGGUGCACCGCCUCCCCCACCUUCCCCUGACCACCACGACACAGCUAGCAUUGUGUUGGCUCUCAGGACACUGGGAUCCUUCGACUUUGAGGGCACAGGCCAAUCACUGAUGCAGUUUGUGAGGCAUGUGGCAGAUCACUACCUCACCAGUGAACACAAGGAGGUGCGUCUGGAGGGAGUGAGGACCUGCUGUCACCUCCUCCGCCCCACCUUUGCCACUCUGGGUCGCCGCGCCUCCCAGUCACAGAAACACACUAUCUUUAAUAUUGUCAGCAAGAUCCUAUGGGUAUCUGUCACUGAUAUGGAUCCCGACGUGAGGUUAUGUGUCCUGGCAUCGCUGGAUGAAAGCUUCGACGCACAUUUAGCACAGCCGGAGAACAUCAAUGCUCUCAUCUAUGCUCAGAGUGAUGAGGUGUUUGAAAUCCGGGAACAUGCUAUAUCCAUCUUGGGCCGCCUCUCUGCCAUCAACCCAGCCUAUGUUCACCCUCAGCUGCGAAAGGCUCUCCUGAAGAUUCUGGAUGAGCUGGACUACAGUGGCAUUGGGCGUAACAGGGAGCUGAGUGCCCACAUGUUAGACCACUUGAUUGGCAACGCGCCGCGCUUCAUGAGGCAGUUUGUGGAGCCCAUCAUGUCCGUGCUGGUGCCAAAGCUGAGGGACCAAGACCCCAACCCGGCUGUUACUGUCUGUGUUCUUACGGCCAUUGGGGACUUGGCUCAGGUGAGUGGUGGAGAGAUGCAGAAGUGGCUGGAGGAACUGAUGCCCCUACUACUGGACAUGCUCGGGGAUGGGACAUCAGGGUGGAAGCGUCGUGUGGCCCUGUGGACUCUGGGGCAGCUAGUGGAGAACACAGGCUAUGUCAUCCACCCAUACACACAGCACCCAACUCUUCUGGAUGUCCUGCUUUCCUUCCUUAAGACAGAACAGCAACCGGCAGUCAGACGGGGCACCAUCCGAGUCCUGGGGCUGCUGGGGGCGCUGGAUCCUUACAAGCACAAGAUGAACGUGGGGGCCAUCAAGAUACAGGAGGAUACGGGGGUGGCAGUCAUCUCCAUCACCGAGACCAAGACUGAUGAUCUCUCCCCUGAGAUGGGCACGAGUGAGAUGCUGGUGAACCUGAGCUACUCGUCCCUGGAGGAGUUCUAUCCAGCGUGUGCCAUCGCCAUGCUGCUCAAGGUCAUCAAGGACCCCACCCUCUCCCAGAACCACAAUGAGGUUGUCAGGGCCAUCACCUUCAUCUUCAAGUCCCUGGGGGUGAAGGGAGUGCCGUAUCUAGCCCAGGUGGUGCCUUCGCUGCUUACCGUCAUCCGAACAUCUGAUGCCAACUUCAGGGACUUCCUCUUCCAGCAGCUGGCCACACUCAUUGGCAUUGUGAAGCAGCACAUUCGGAAUUACCUGGACGGCAUCAUCAAGGUUCUCAAGGAGUUCUGGGUGACGGGGGGCAAGAGGGAGACAACCAUCACCAUCAUCACUGUGGUGGAGAGCAUUGCGGUGGCAGUGGGCUCGGAGUUCAAGGUGUACCUCAAGGAACUGGUGCCAAUGAUACUCAAGUCCAUGAUUCACGACUCAAAGGAGAAGCAAGUCACACUCAAGCUGCUCCUCGCCUUCCAAAGCUUUGGGGCGACCCUAGAGGAGUUCCUGCACAUGAUCCUGCCCUAUGUGGUGAAACUCUUUGAUGCCCCUGAUGUGCCUCUGCCUGUCCGUCGCACAGCCCUGGAGACUGUGGACCAUUUCGCUGACUAUCUUGACCUUACUGAUUACACCUCCAAGAUCAUUCACCCCCUGAUGCGCACACUGGACACUUCCCCAGAGCUACGACAACAAGGCAUGGACGUUUUGUGUGCGCUGGCCACUCAGCUGGGGCGUUCGUACGAGUGUUUCAUCCCCAUCGUGCAUCGCAUCACCACCAGACACAAGCUUACACACCCAAGAUAUGACAUCCUAGUGGCCAAGGUUGUCAAAGGCCUGACAGUGUCCGAGUCAGAGUUGACAGUCAUUACGGCUCACCAGCGCGGAAAGAGACCACACUCACGCGACCACCAGUUGGAGGCAGAAUCCAUCACCAUCAAGAAGGGCACAGUUGGAGUAGAGUCGAUUCAGAGAGCCUGGCAUUUUGUGCGUCUGGUGAGCAAGGACGACUGGCUGGAGUGGCUGCGUAGAUUCAGUAUUGAGCUCAUGAAGGCGUCACCCUCCCCAGCACUCAGGUCCUGUUACGCUGUUGCCACCAAAUACGUGCAGCUUUCAAGGGACCUGUUCAAUGCUGCCUUUGUAUCCUGCUGGAGUGAACUGAAUGAGAGCCUGCAGGAUGACCUUCUUCAGUCCCUCCGCCAGGCACUCACCUCCCAGGACAUCCCAGAGAUCACACAGACACUCCUCAACUUGGCAGAGUUCAUGGAGCACUGUGAUAAGGGUCCGCUGCCGUUGGAGCUGCAGCUGCUCGGGGAGAAGGCCAUGGAAUGCCGGGCAUAUGCCAAGGCCCUACACUACAAGGAGGAGGAGUUCCACAAGGGGCCCACAUCAGAGGUCCUGGAGCACCUCAUCUCCAUCAACAACAAGCUGGGGCAGAAGGAGGCUGCUGCUGGUUUGCUGGAGUAUGCACGCAAGAAUAACCGCACAGACAUGAAGGUACAGGAGCGCUGGCAUGAGAAGCUGCAUGACUGGGAUCAAGCACUGCAGGCAUACUCCACCAAGCUGGAGACUCAGCCUGAUGACCUCGCCCUAGUGCUUGGGCAGAUGAGGUGUCUGGAGGCCCUGGGAGAAUGGGGAGAACUGUACAGUGUGGCAUGUGACCGUUGGAUGGGCACGAUGGCGGAGGACUUGCGGGCUCAGAUGGCUCGUGUGGCCUCAGCAUCCGCCUGGGCCAUGGGGGAGUGGAGCAUGAUGGAGGAGUACAGCCGCUGCAUCCCAAGGGACACCAACGAGGGGGCCUUCUAUCGUGCUGUGCUGGCUGUGCAUAAGGACCAGCAUCAUGUGGCGCAGCAGUACAUCGACACAGCAAGAGAUCUUCUAGACACUGAACUUACGGCAAUGGUUGGGGAGAGCUACCAGCGGGCCUACAACUCUAUGGUGGCGGUGCAGAUGCUGGCUGAGCUGGAGGAGGUGAUUCAGUAUAAGCUGGUGCCGGAGAGAAGGCUGCCCAUCACUCACAUCUGGUGGGAGAGACUGCAGGGAUGCCAGCGGGUGGUGGAAGACUGGCAGAAGAUCUUACAAGUCCGCUCGCUGGUGCUAUCGCCUCAGGAGGACAUGCGGCCAUGGCUCAAAUUUGCCUCUCUUUGUCGCAAGUCUGGCCGCCUUGCCCUGUCCCACAAGACCCUGGUGAGGCUGCUGGGGUGUGAUCCCUCCCUCAGUCCCUCCCAGCCACUGCCAGUCAGCCACCCACACGUCACUUAUCAGUACUGCAAGCAUAUCUACACCUACCCACACCGCCGGCAGGAAGCCUACUGGCGUCUUCAGAAGUUCCUGCAGUUCUUGGCUCCAGCAGUGGUGGUAGUGGGCGAGGGCAAUCAGAAUGGGGACAAUAAGCUGCGAAAACUGGUGUCCCGCGUGUACCUCAAGCUGGGAGAGUGGUAUGAACAGCUGCAUGGACUGAAUGAGGAGAACAUUGCUAACAUCCUCACCUACUACACACAUGCCAAGGACACGGAUGAAAGCUGCUACAAGGCCUGGCAUGCCUACGCUUACAUGAACUUUGAGGCAAUACUCUUCUACAAGGGCAAGAUGGAUGUGAAGGCUGAGGCACCCACCACACCAGGAGAGGAGCCUUCUUCAGGGGCAGCUACUGUUGUCACCCCCAGCAAGAAGAAGAGAUCAGCCGGGGACUUCACUGUGGCAGCUGUAAAGGGCUUCAUCCGCUCCAUCUCCCUGAGUGACGGGAACAGCUUGCAGGACACCCUUCGCCUCCUCACCGUCUGGUUCGAGCAUGGCCACCAGUCUGGAGUGUAUGAGGCGCUGGUGGACGGACUGAAGACCAUCCAGAUUGACACUUGGCUCCAGGUCAUUCCUCAGCUCAUUGCCCGCAUUGACACCCCACGCUCCCUGGUGUCCAAACUGAUCCACCAGCUGCUCAUGGACAUCGGUAAGCACCACCCUCAGGCCCUCAUCUAUCCCCUUACCGUGGCUGCCAAGUCCUCAGUGGCCGCUCGCUCCCAGGCAGCUGAGAAGAUUCUUAAGAACAUGAGGGAACACUCGGCCAUCCUUGUCCAGCAGGCCAUGACGGUCUCUGAGGAACUGAUCCGAGUGGCUAUCCUGUGGCACGAGACCUGGCAUGAGGGGCUGGAGGAGGCCAGUCGUCUCUACUUUGGUGAACGCAAUGAGUCUGGCAUGUUCCGAACCCUAGAGCCGCUGCAUGCUAUGAUGGCUCGUGGCCCUCAGACCCUCAAAGAGAUGUCCUUCAACCAGGCGUACGGACGGGACUUGAACGAGGCGCUGGAGUGGUGUCGCCGCUACCAACGCUCAGGCAACGUGCGAGAGCUAAACCAGGCGUGGGAUCUUUAUUAUCACGUGUUCCGCCGCAUCUCCAGAACACUGCCGCAGCUCACCUCUCUUGAACUGCAGAGUGUGUCGCCGCGUCUACUCAAAUGCCGGGACCUGGAUAUCGCUGUGCCGGGUUCGUACGCUCCCGGUAGUCCCGUGAUUUGUAUUAGCCAGGUACAGUCCUCCCUCCAGGUCCUGACUUCUAAGCAGCGGCCCAGGAAACUGUGUAUUCGUGGCAGUAAUGGUAGGGACUUCGUGUUUCUGCUGAAGGGUCAUGAGGACUUGAGGCAAGAUGAGAGGGUCAUGCAGCUGUUUGGUUUGGUCAACACUCUGCUCAUUAGCAACCCAGAUACCUUCAGACGGAACCUCACCAUCCAGAGGUUUGCAGUCAUCCCGCUGUCUACCAACUCAGGCCUGAUCGGAUGGGUGCCCCACUGCGACACGCUCCACGCUCUGAUCAGAGACUGGCGCGAGAAGAAGAAGAUUCUCCUGAACAUCGAGCACAGGAUCAUGUUGAGGAUGGCGCAGGAUCUGGACCACCUCACACUCAUGCAGAAGGUGGAGGUGUUCGAGCACGCCCUGGAGCACACGCAAGGGGACGACUUGGCGCGGUUGCUGUGGUUCAAGAGCCCUUCGUCUGAGGUGUGGUUCGACCGGCGCACCAACUACUCCCGCUCCCUGGCAGUCAUGUCCAUGGUGGGGUAUGUGCUGGGGCUCGGCGACCGCCACCCCUCCAACCUCAUGCUGGAUCAGUUGUCCGGGAAGAUCAUCCACAUUGACUUCGGCGACUGCUUCGAGGUCGCCAUGAUGCGCGAGAAGUUCCCGGAGAAAAUUCCAUUCCGGCUGACGCGCAUGUUGAUCCACGCCAUGGAGGUGACGGGCAUUGACGGCACCUACCGCAUGACGUGUGAGAGUGUCAUGGCGCUUAUCAGGCGUAACAAGGACUCCCUCAUGGCCAUGCUGGAGGCCUUCGUGCAUGACCCUCUGCUCAACUGGCGCCUCAUGGACAACACACAGCCGAAAGGAAAGCGUUCUGUGGUGGGUGAGGGCGAGGCAGGUCCAUCCGCACCAGCCUCUACCUCUGCAAUCGCUCCUGACCCUGCUAUGGACGCCGCUCCAGCCGUGACUCCAGCCUCCGUGGGCCCACAGAGUCAGACGCGAGAGGACGGUACGGUAUCAGAAGCACUCAACAAGAAGGCGGUCGCUAUCGUGCACCGCGUGAGGGAUAAACUAACAGGACGGGACUUCUGCACUGAGGAACCUCUUGAUGUGCACCGCCAAGUCGAACUUCUCAUAGCGCAGGCCACCUCACACGAGAACCUCUGCCAGUGCUACAUCGGGUGGUGCCCCUUCUGGUAAACACCCUGGCACACCCACUUCCACACGCCAACUCCUUGCAGGGUUAAUUGUAGGGCAGGACUUGAGUUGCUGCGGUGAUGUGUUACCAAGUAUUCGUGUCUGUGUCUAGAAGCGACGAGGGUUGUUUUUUGUUGUUCUUGUCGUUGUUUUUCACCCACCCUGCAGGGAAUCCAGUGGAAUGUGGGUUAAGAGAGUGAGAACUGGCCAUUGUUGUAUAUUGAUGCAGGAGGAGGAGGAGGAGGAGGAGGAGGAGAUAAUGGAGAAGGUGGAAGAAGUGGAGGAGGAGGAGCAGGAAAAAGAGUAAGAAAUGAAGGAGGAGGAGAAAAUAGUGGAAGAGGAGGAGGAGGAGGGAGAGAAAUUAGUGGAGUAGGAGGAGAAGGAGGAGGACAAGGAAGUGGAGGAAGAGAAGGAGGAGGAGGGGGAGGAUAGCAGUAAGAUUACGCUCCCGUCCCCUCCUUCGCUCCCUUUCACACACACACACACACACACACACACAAACCAUAGCUAAGACAUCUUCUCAAUAUCACAAAACUGUUCUGAGGAGUGAGAGAAAGCAAGACAGAACCUGCCAUCUUUACCAUCAACACUGACAAACAACAUCGGUGAUCUGUCUCUUGGUAAUGUUGUGGGGAAACGAGGGGUAUUUUUAAAACUUAAUUAAACGAAGAGGAGGAGUUUUUAAAGUGAUUGCGGCCAAGUGCAACUAAUAGGUUAGGUUUAAGUUUAGGUGACUGUAGAUUAAUGAAUAAAGGUAAAAUUUGA